UUGGAAAAUUUUGUUCAUCCCACUUCAUACUUGUAACCUUUCACGCUGUCGUUAGAUAGCCCAACACAGGAAUAUGAGAAAUUGUUCUUGCAAGUUAGAUUCCUUGAGGACCUUCGUACAAAGUCUUACAGGACUCGGAAUAUCUCAGCUACCUGUCACGACUACUCGUCGAAUCUUAUCGCGAAUUCCCACUGCAAGUUUUCCGUCAGAACCCGCCUUUUCGAGGCCAUACAGUGCUACUGCAGCCGCACGAUUUCCUCGUCAAGGCUUGAGGGGAUCAUAUUCUCGCAACAGGAGUGAUACACCACUAUCAGAAGCUACGAGUCAUGAGUCGUCACACAAUGCUACUGCCGACCUUUUUGGCGCAGCGCCGCUUGAUGCUUCUACAAGCAACCUAGACCAAGCUAAACGCCAAGGUGCAAUCCUCGAUUUUUCGCCCGAGUCAAUAGACAGUCUCAUCUCAUACAUAGACACGUCGUCAACUGGAGGAUCUUCUCCGGACGAAGAUGUUGAAUCCCCUCGUUACCGCAAGCCAAAAUCUGACUCGGCGGCAGCUUCUCUUGGUGCCAGCAAACUAAAACGGCUAAAGAUCAUCAAGGAAGACAAAUAUCGAGAGAGGGGUCCACGACGCGAGGAGAGAGAGCCAUGGCAGAUACAAAAAGAGGCACUCAAGAAAAAAUUCCCGGAAGGCUGGCACUCGCGGAAGAGGCUUUCACCAGACGCGCUCGACGGGAUACGGGCGCUGCAUGAACAGUUCCCCGAACAGUACCCAACGUGGGUACUAGCGAGUAAGUUUGAGGUCUCACCGGAAGUCAUCCGCCGCAUCCUCAAGAGCAAAUGGCGGCCCAACCCCGAAGAGGAGACCAAUCGCCAGACGCGCUGGUUCAAUCGCGGGAAGGACGUCUGGAGUCAGAUGGCGGCUUUGGGUACGAAGCCCCCAAAGAGGUGGCGUCGUGAGGGCAUUGUGAGAGAUCCUAUUUGGAACGAGCCAAGGGGUCCUAGAACGCAACCACCGAAGCGUCGUCGAGAUCGAGAGUCGCCAGAGUCGCCAGAGUCGCAAGAGUCGCAAGAGUUUGGGAAUAGCUGGUCGUAGUUGUAUAACGCAAAUGAAGAAUACCUAAGCAUAUCUCCCAUGAAUCUGAGGACUAGCAUGCUUAACCUUGUCCCUUUUUUCGAUGAAUAUAAUUGUCAUCAUCAAUACCCCUUGUGUAUACCCCUUGUGUCUUACAUGGCGAGUCUUGGUUCAGAUCUACAACGUUAUGGGUGACUUUGCUUCACGUAAUCUCCGAGAAUGAGCUGGUCCUAAACCUUAUGAACCUUGGUGAUCGGGAACUUUCUAAUUAUCUAUCAAUUCCAUUUGAGUACUAGAUCUUUAAAAUCCUCCCAUUAGGCAAAUCUUGGAAGACGAACAAAAAAUAUUAAAA